AUGGCUGGCAUCGACAUCAACACCGGCGCCGGCACCGUCAAAUCCUCAGGCCAUCGGAAGCGCAGGGCUCGUCCGAAUGGAUCAUCCCUAAACGCUUCCUGGAUCACAGCGGCUGAAGAUGCAGUGUCAUCUGGCCCCAGCACAGCAGAUACCCCGCAGCCUUCCUCCCUGAGCAGCUCCGACCUGGCUCGGCACCCCUACGAAUCGAAUGAGCGCCAGAGCCUUGUGGCCGAGGAUGAGCACGUUGCUCUGGCCAAUUCGGAUGGUGAACAUCUCGAUGCCCCCAUUGGUCUCCGGCCGUACCAGCCUGGAGGCCUCCACUCGUCCGAUUCUUCUCAGUCCAUCCAACGUCCAGGCCCGUCGACUGACAUGGCGGUUGACAAUGCCAUCGGCCAGUCGCAAGACAUCUCGUCAUCACGCGAAAGUGCCGUCACCCCGGGCAAAGCAAAGAAGAAGCGCUAUGCAAGCCAACACGACGCGCAUUGGCUCGAGGAUGCCGUCGAUUCCACACUGCCGCUGCCGCACCACACUAUCGACGAGGCAGCUGAUGAGCCUGUCCGCGAACCACACCGGCCAGGCCUCCACCCCUCCACUCACGGCAGACAUUCAGUCGUGGGGGGCGGUAGCACUCGUUGUGCCUCUUGUGAAGCCAAGCUAUUCACCUCAAGGAGUCCUAUGACUUGGUUAUGCCGGCGAGAGUUCCCUAGGAACUCGCUCGAGACAUCUAGGGCUGAACUGCGGGUUGCAGCGCGGCAUGCCCGGCGCCCUCACUGUGGUGUGGUGAGAAAACUUCAUAUUGGCUGCCCGAGUGAGCCUCGCAGCGGCUUAGUGAGCCUGCGCGACGCCUUCUUUGGUGGCUGUGCCAUCCUCGAGCUGGUUCGCCGACGUUAG